AGAGUAUUGCUCUCCCGAAUUUCGAGAACGUGUUGGGUGGAUCCUUCUUCCCCCUCUGAAAAGCCAAAAAAAAAGGAAAAAAGAAAAACAUAAAUUCAUCAAUCCACCGUGUGCUAUCUAUACCGCUUGGAGAGCCUAGGGGUGGAAUUCCUCUAUCGUCUAUAGAUUCGUCACUCAUCCACCGCAACCCUAUCAACGCGCUCCGGAAAAAGUUUGUUAUAUCAUACUGCCUAUCUGGCACCACACAAUUUAGCUGCUCAUUGGAAAAAACGGGAAAACACAGCAGUAAUAGUCUGCAGAGUCGAGUAAGGACAGCUCCUUCACACUGGAUAAUCCCCUCUUUCGUGUUACUCGAAGUUUCAUAUCGUCGGGAUUGCGCUAGCGGCUCCAUUUAUUCCACCCCUCAUCGACUCUGUUUGUCGGAUAAGGGCCGAUAGAACCUGUGGAAGAAUUAGGACUCUACCGACGUUUCACAGGAUAGCAUAAGGAAUUUUUUAAAUUUUUCUUUCCUGUACCGGUACUGUCCAGUUUGUUAAAGGAAAAACCGGAUCCCCCAAUCUUUUCCUCGAUUUCUACUGCAGUGCACUAGCAUCCUCCAUUCUUCUACCGCUUUUCCAAAGGGUGGCCAAUUUCUAUCGCCUUAAAAGUUUUCUUCUUAGUUGUGGCUUCCCUCUCCAAGGGACACAGCGAUCAAAAAAAGCAAGUGCAGAGCCCCCCACUGUGCACCUGCCCUUGGUCUCGUUUGCAAGGGCUAGCAAGGCUGACAAAGCUACCGGUACUCUUUCGUUGCUUGGUCCCUUGUCGAAUUUCUUCGGGCACGAAUUGAGCGCAUCCCUACCUACAAACGGUCAUCUGCCCACAAGGAAACUCUUACAGGAAACUAGGACACACACUUCCCCGACCAGCGUCAUUCGUGUUCCUGAUUGGGAAGACUUUUGCUAGUGCUCGAACGGGUAGGUUCGCCUUGGGUACUAAUUUUUUUCUUUUGAAAGUCGCGCCUCAAGGGUUUGACGAGUUACUUUCGUCAUAGCAAUUACCCCCUCCUGCUUGCAUAACUUUUUUUACAUCUUUCAAAAUGCUCAACUUUAGUUUUUAAUUUCUUUCUGACGUGUUGCUAGUGUGGUUGGCAGAAACGUUCAUCUGUUCGCAUCCUAGCAGAUCCCAUUGUGACACCCGGUCUCCUACCCCGGAUUUGCUCUAGCUUAUUACCUGAGCUCCUCCCACUUUGUUUCGGCUGGCCGCUGGCUGAAAGGUUCUGCGGAGUUUACCCUUCAACACCCAGCUUUUUAGAAAGAACAGCAAGAACAACAACAACAGCAGCAGCAAAUUUGCGAAACAAUUACACAGGUGCUCAAACAAACUUUCAAUUCGCCUCCGAUCUGCAAGCAUUCGAACGCGGAAUCAGUUGCGAUGCCUCUAAACCCUUUACAAAACGCUGUUCCAAAACAGCAGAUUCCGAAAGAGGCGCCUUCCUACUUUGCUCCAUUUUUCCCACAGGCUCCAAAAGCCACUGAAGGAGUUUCCAUCUGGAAACCUCACCCAAACACUAAUGAACCACAUUUCCGAUCCAAAGCGCCGAAAAACCAGCCUAGCACACCUCCCCAGAUUCCUACUGUCGGCGCUGCUUCCGUUCAUCACUCCAAGCAGAAUAGCUUUUCUAGCAGCAAAAAAAAUAGCAUUGAUGAUGGGAGAGCACAGCUGUAUCAGCCCAAGGUGAAUAAGAGCUUGGAUGAGAUUAUGUGGUUGGGGUCUGUUUUAGGGUUCCCCGUACCAGCACCUCCGCCACCGCGGGUCGAGCCAACCAUCCGGACUAAGCUCUCUAGAAAGCCAGAGGCCAAAUCGAGCGCCGCCUGUUUGAAUGCCAAUGACUAUGUUGUGCAGGGGGAUACAAGGACGGAAGAACAGAAGAAGGCAGACGAGGAGGCAGAGAGGAAGAGGAAGGAGGAUGAAGAGGCCAGGAGAAAGAGACUUGCAGCACAUUCUAAGAAGGCCGGUGAAUUUAGGGGUAAUCAGGGAGAACAACGGGUCAGACCAUCGGGUCGAAGGGGGAAGGUGUUUUUACCCAUUCCUUUACCGCAGGAAACGGCCCAGAGGAGCAAUCGUCCAAAUGCCAACCACAGACCCAACCUUCCAGACAACAAUACCAGUUAUGCGCCCUCUCACCCAUUCCUUCCUCAGCCGAUUGAGACUACUCGCAGAAGCAAUAGGCGUCCUGAAAAGGCGAAAGUGGGGAGUGAAGAGAGCGUUUGGAUGGGACUUCCUCAGCCGAUUGAAACUGUGAGAAGGAGCAAUAGGAAGGGCCCCCUAGUGAGCAGAGGAAGCGGGGGAUGUUCGGACAACAAGGAUGGAAAGGACGAUACUAAGCCCGUCUCUACAGAAGUACUGCCGGAGCUAAUAGGAUCUUCGCUGAGAUCCCAUCGCCCACGGAAGUCACAGGAGUCGACUCUUCCUCGACCGGAAGAAACGACUAGGAGAUCCAACCGGCCAACCGCAACUCCUGUCCAGGGAGCCGAACAGGAUCUGCCGACUCCGACAGCUUCUUUCUUCGGACCUAAUAUUGUCCCUCAGCCCUACGAGACUACAAGGCGUUCUCACAGGCCUAUCUCAGCACGACCCUUGAUUCCUCAACUUGUUGAGACUUCUCGGCGAUCCAAUCGCGUUCGGGUGCCUCAGCCGGAAAUGCACCUGGUGAUGGAGCCAGAAAAUGCACCCCAGCCUGCGGCGCUGUCUAGCCACAGUGGUCACCACUACUUGCGGAGGAGUAGCACCACUAAGCCCAACACCCCGGGCUUGUACCCUACAUCAGGUGCUUUUGCGAGAGAUCCGGAAAGGGAGAGACGCGUUAUGAGGAAAGUUUGGGCUCGUCCUAAUGAUCACGUUUCGCAUCUCCACGAGCCUGUCGAUUCAGCACCUCCGAGCCCGGCCGGUAGCCCAGAACAAUCUCGAUGCCCUAGUCUUAGCACUUCGCCUACUUCAUCUACAGCUAGUUCUACAUGGGAGACUUCUAAUAAGUUGAACAAAACUGUUGGUGCCAAGGCUGCCAGGCGGGGCUCCAGGGGGGACGGGUUUGGUCCAUAUAUUCUUGGCUUGGGGAAAGAUCUUCUAAAAGAGGGGGUGGUCGGGAGUGCAGGGAUCAAGCGCGAGCGGACGAAAGAGGAGGUGGAAUGCCCCUUUCCGGUUGUUACCGAGGAUAAGUGGAGUGGGGACAAACGGACCAAGGUUGCAACGGACGCUAGCGGGAUUAGAAGCGAGAGAUCCGAAACUGUCCGCCCUAAGUUUACAUCUGCAAUCACAGAUGGCGUAUUGGAGAUCAAACAUCCCCAGCCGAGGCGGGCUUCCGACGAAAAGGCGGUAGAUGAUUAUCCCAUCUGUCAUUCUCCCGUGCAUGGAAAAUUCGCGGUUCCUUGGGGUAAGAAGGAGGAACAGACCGAGGAGCGCGGUGGAUUCAACAGCUCUCGUAUUCCGACUGACGAGUUUGAUGGCCCCGCGCCCCUCAAUAUCGGCACUGCGAACGUGAAUACCCAGCUUCCAACUCCACCAGACUCCCUCCCAUCAUCCGAGUCGAACAAGCAAUUUCUCGGGGGCCCGAGAAUAGCACCUUCCCGUGUGAUAUACACUCCUAUGGCCCCCUCUCCCGGAUACACCGUCGCAUCUCUCCCCCCUCGACGAAAGGGCGAUAACGAUGUCGAAGUCACGGAAGAGUUUGUCAACGCUUUGAUGGUAUACUUGAGCUUGAACUAUGAAUCUAUCGCGGCAAAGUACGAUGCGGAGCUUGCACUCUAUACCAAUACGUCGGAAGCUCAGGUCAAGGCGGAUAGGAAGGGUGUUGUGAGGAAGUACGUUGAGCGUUGGGUCUCUGAGAAUCCGGAAAUGGCAUCGGGUGAAGGCAGGAAGGGUGGUUUCUGGUAGCCUGAUCCUUUUGGAAAGGAGAGCAAAGGCUUCUUUUUCUUGUUUGUUCGUGACGUGGCAGGUGGAACUUUUCUGAAAUUCGCACCUAGUUUUAUGCUCUUCCUUUCUCCAAUUCUCGAAUUCCAUUGCUGUGUCUUUGGAAGAAUUGCAUUACAUAGUUUUGUGCGAGGGGUAUAUGUUUAGUGUCUUGCUUGCUUGCUGUGACCUUUUCCCCCUCUCUUUUAUUUUUCUCCCCGGCUUCUUUCAAUCAUUCUUCUGGUUUGGGUUAUUCUUUUUUUUCUUCCGUAUGGCACGGGCAUUUAUCUAUGGUCCUGUUUUUUUAGGAAAAACAACCUUGAUUGAAUUUUGCUAUGGACGAUGUACUUUUUUUUUAUCUCCUUCCUGUUCCUACUCUUGCUCUUACUGUGCCUAGUCGCUGCAUACCUUACGUUAAAAAAAAACUCGCUCGAAUUUUCAAAUUAUUUAAUAUAUUUUUUCCCUUCCCCCGGUUUUUCAUUUUUUUUGCAAACGGAGCAUGAAUGCGUGCGGUGGGAAAUUGGCGUAUAUACUAAUUUACUUAUCAUACUAGCCAGGGCUGGCAGGUUGAGGUGUUUUGGUUUGGUAUAGUACGUGCCUAAGUACCCAAUGUUGGGCUAGCUACUGUAAAGUAUUUUUUGGAUUCACUUGGGUUUUGUGGAUUUGAUGUGAUAUGAUAUAUGAUAUGAUAAGGUAGACAGCCCUCCCAGACCAUCCGGAAGCCCCCCUCACCCAGGUAGCUAAACCCAAAUAAGAAUCUUUCCAGUGGUUUGCUUGUAUGAACUGCGGCAACUGCAAUGAUCACCGCUCGUCUCCUCAUGCAAAGCCCAAUCAGCAUUUUCAUUCAUCCGGAUGGGGGUGCCCGGUCGGCCUGGGGUGAUUAACCCGACCCAUGGAGACUUUUUCUUUUCUUUUCUUUUUCACUUGCUGGGGACUGCGCGUGUACUGUACUCGAGUACUCAUGCGGGUAGAGGAAAGGUGUGCGGUACUCGAGUACCGUACAGUACAAGUAUGGGGUAUGGGGUGAUCUGCGGGAGAUAAGAAUAUUUACGGGUGGUGCCAUCAGUAAUAAAUUUGUAUUUGGCGGCCGAAGGAGAUCAGCAUAGAAGGGUCACAAAGUGUCACUCGUGUUGCGACUUUGACGGUGUGUCUUGGGCGGUUAAGAUCAGCCUGUGGGGAUUGGAUUUGAGCUGCGCUGUGAGGUGAGGGUUUCUGUUUGGGUUUCUUUUUUUUUUUCCCCUUUAGGGGGUAUCAUAUGAUAUCGUACAAAGUUUUAUCAUACUGUGAUGAAGGAUCGUUGCACGGUCAUAACUUAUCGAACUGCUUGAAAAGAAUUCUAAAAAAACCACUCUGCCAACCGUCCAUAUAUAUG